UUGGAUAUACUUAAGUUUGCCUAGCAAGGUGACCCAAGCUUAGCGUGAUGCAGACUAUAAAGUGUGUAGUUGUAGGUGAUGGGGCUGUUGGUAAAACAUGCUUGCUAAUCUCAUAUACAACCAACAAAUUCCCUUCAGAAUAUGUACCAACUGUAUUUGAUAACUAUGCAGUGACUGUCAUGAUAGGAGGUGAACCAUACACAUUGGGGUUGUUUGAUACUGCAGGCCAAGAAGAUUAUGACAGGCUGCGACCUUUGAGCUACCCUCAAACUGAUGUUUUUUUAGUCUGUUUUUCUGUUGUUUCUCCCUCUUCCUUUGAAAAUGUGAGAGAAAAGUGGGUUCCAGAGAUCACACAUCAUUGUCAAAGAACACCUUUUCUUCUUGUGGGAACACAAAUAGAUUUAAGAGAUGAUGCCACAACAGUGGACAAGUUGGCUAAAAAUAAGCAGAAACCUAUUUCUUCAGACAAUGGAGAAAGGUUAGCUAAAGAUUUAAAGGCUGUCAAAUAUGUGGAAUGCUCAGCACUCACACAGAAAGGUCUGAAGAAUGUCUUUGAUGAAGCAAUCUUAGCAGCCCUUGAGCCACCAGAACCCCCCAAGAAAAAGAAGUGCCUCAUUUUGUAAUUGGUUCAAAUGCAAUAGGAACAUCUUAUUCAAAUGUCUAGUUUGUUUUUUUUCUGGGAUAUUUUUUUCUUUUGUGCAUUGUUCUUUUUUGUUUAACCUUUAGGACUUGCCAUUGCUCGGUUUUGGCAGUCUGGUAGUUAAG